ACCCGCCGCUCCUGCCGGUGCCUGCUGAGGUGGCACCGGCUAGUGAGACUUCAGCUUUAGGGCGCAGUGGACGGUAGUGGACGAGACUCGCUGGGUGUUCGUGGCAGACCCUCUAAGGCUGCUGACACACUUGGCUCUAUUCCGUUUAGCGUUCAUUUGUGGAGCUUUUAUUUCCGUUGAAGUGAGAAACGUAGACUUGCAGAACAAUGAUACAGCAUACUGAGUGUCAUUAGGGUGUUCUUGGGGUGAGUGUGAGGCGUCUUGAAGCGUUGUGAGGAUCAUCCUACUUGACCGGUUUGUAGGAAAAUGGUGACCCGAAGAUUGCCGCAGCCCGAAGGAUCACACCUGGGCUGCGGGCAGUGGCUCGCCAGCGGCGGGAAUUAUGAACAGGAGUAGAUGGGCGAUGCAAAGUUCACUGAUCAGGCCAGCAUUGACAGCUUCUGGCAGAGUGGAGAUCUAAAAGGACUCGCCAGUCAUGACAGUCUUACGAGAAAGGAAGGAGGAGAACCGCUCUUCUUUAAGGUCGAGGACGCACUUCGUCGGCAGGCCGCUGAAGAGAGUGGGAAGGAACUUACUGGGUCUCUGGUGUCACGAUCCGAUAGACCCGCUUCAGUCUCGACGUUUGAGGGCGUGAAGGACUGUGGGACAAAACAGAGAAGAUGUUUCCCUUUCCCUUGGAAGGCGAGGGAAGUGAAAUCAAAGGAAUCCCAGGAGAAUGGUCAUCCUCGCCACAAAACACACUUUGCCGCAACUCCCGCCCUCGAAAAUCCCUCCAACAACCUGUCCAUGCAGGUAUCUGGAGAGGGACGUAAAAGACCGACCUCCAACAUCGGAGCUUGGUUUGUAAGCGAAUCUAACGACAUCUGCCAGCCGGAUCUCACCCUCGCCCACAACGUCCGCAGUAACCACGACAAGGCUGUGGGGGACUUCACUUCGGUCACUUUCGAACUCGAGGAUUUAAGUGAUAUAGAAGAAAACAAUGGAAUUCCCAGUAGCGUCUUGUCACUUCCUAAAGAGGCCGACACUAAACUGCAGGAGGAGCGGCCUUUCACGUGUUCCUCAUCAAAGGAAGAUUCCCUCUUCGUGACGUCUCAUUCUCUUGGACAUCAUUUGCCUCCACUUGAAAAACAGGUGGUGCUUGAUGGCGAAAUCCUCAGAAGCUCUAGUCUCAACCUUGAGUCAUGGAUGUCCCACCUUCCCCGUGUCCUUCAGCAGCUGCCUCUCAAUCAUCUCUACAUCCCAGGCUCUCACGACUCCUUCAGCUACAGUCUCAACCCCGACAGCGAGGUGGCACCCGACGCCCCAGACCCGGUAAAGGGACUGAUGAGGGUUGUGCCUUGCCUGGCCCGCCCCGCCCUCCUCCGCUGGUCCGUCACUCAGCGAGCAACUGUCACUGAACAGCUCCGUCAUGGUGUAAGGUACUUCGACAUACGAGUUGCGGCGCAAGGUUCCAAGUUCUAUUUCGUCCACGGACUCUUCGGCGGCGACCUUCAGCCUCUCCUGUCUGAGGUGCGCCUCUUCCUGGCUCAGCAUCCCGGCGAGGUGGUGCUCCUGGACUUCCAACACUUCCACAGCCUGGAGAUGGAUGACCACGCCGCCCUCAUCGCCUUGCUCAGGUCCAUUUUUGCCACCACACUCUGCCCGGUGUUCACUUAUCUACAGAACCUCAACCUCGACAUUCUGGCGCGACUCAAACACCAGGUACUGGUGUUUUACCGUCACGCAGCGGGGGAGGACGCCGCCUCGUGGCUGUGGCCCAGUGAGACCCUUCCCAACCCUUGGCCCGCAGCCGUUACUGUAUCCUCCAUGCUUAGGUUCCUGCGGACAAAACUUGCAUCUCGCGACCCUGACACCUUCUUCGUCACACAGUGUGUUCUGACGCCCACGGGGAGCUACCUGGCGAAGCACUUGUGUGGCAGUUUGGAGGCAAACCUAGCCAUCCCUACCAACCAGGUGUUACCCGGCUGGCUGAAGGGUCUACCUAGCGGAACGCCAGGCGCUAAUGUUGUUAUGGUUGACUUCGUGGAACACAACUCUUGGGAAGUUCCACGUGCUGUCAUCAACAAAAACAUGGAAGCUCUUCUACAGGUUCCCGCUAAGCUCAAAGCGCAGCCCACGAUGUAGGAAUGACUUCAGGAGGGAGUAUAGUGCAGCUCAGGUGUCCCACAGACCACUCGGUAAAGAGUGAAUGCCAGGGCAAUGACACUGAUGGCGUCACUGUCAGCCUGUGUUGACAGUCCAGGUUACGGUUUGAUUUUGAUGUCUUACUUCCAAAUCAAUCUACACACAACCCAGCACACUAUACAGUAAAGAACGAUGUACUCAUUUAUUGACACUUCAUCAUGUCCAAACUCUUAAUAUUUGCUCCAUUUGGUGUUAUUUAUCUUAGAUCCGCGAUCUUUGCCCAAGAUCAGCCUGUGUCAACCUGUUUGUUCAAUGGAAACCCUUGGAAUAUUUUCCAUCUCUCAGGAAACUUUUGCGUAAUAGUAAUUUUUCUUCGAUUCAUAUUAUAUUUAUUUAGAUUACUUUCUAAGCAGAGUAAUUAGAAGAUAUUUUAGUGGUUUCGAUUUCUUCUUUCUUUUUCUAUCUAAUUAUUUUCAUUUUGACCUAUUUGUAAUACGUGUAUGCCUAAAACAUAACUAUAGAAUUGUUUUAUGUACAGGAUGACUUAUAAACCAUUGCACAUUUUGUUAACCCUGACGAUUUCUAUUAGUAUAUUUAUGCUUGCUUUAGGCAGGAAAUUUGUUGACACAAAUAAGAAGCUACAGUUAGACUAUGCUGAUUUAUGGCAUGACACAGGUGAAAAUAUCAACUGUUUUCGAGAAAAAGAAUAGUAAUCUUCGGUAUAGAUAGUUCAGCUUAUACGUUAUGCAAUAUCUUAACAUGUUUCUAAAUAUCCUAAAGUUAUCGCGAUAGAACUUUCUAUCAGUGUAAUAUUGUUUGUCGAAUACUUCAUACCCGCCGACAGGGUUUGUUGUGGAGUGUAGUGCGCGGCGAGGAGCGCUUGUGCAGUGCUACGUAUGGCACAGGACAGUAUUCUGAAACACUUCUGUGCAUCACUUCCUCUACAUUCAAAAGACUCUAGUUAGGAUCACUGUGGUUUUUAAGGGUGUUUUUAUGGUUCUGGUUACAGAUUAACAAUAUUUCUGCAUUGUUAACAGGAGAAACAUUCUUAAGAAUCAGGCUAAUCAUCUCUGUGGCCUUUGAAGAUCGUCAUUGUGGGAGAGCGAAGUGUUUCAGAAUAGUGGCCUGUACAGAAACACUAUGGAGACACACUGAAUCGAAAUCCCGUAGCAGAUGACAAAGUAUGGGGCGUGGGUGACUUGGUGGAAUGUGAGAGCUACAUCAUUGAAUGGGUAGCAUAGAUCUUUACUAAAACAAAAUAGUGCACUCUCAAUGGUGACCUGCUGCGUGUGUUGGUGUAGCAGCGGUGCAGGAGGUGCAUUCCCCACGCUGUAAUGUGUCCAAGAACCAUCGUAAUGUCCUGUGGUAUCUUUUCUUGCCUUUACUACACAUGCUCUCUCUCUCUCUCUCUCUCUCUCUCUCUCUCUCUCUCUUAUCGUCAAUAAAGUACUAUAAACUUUGAUUAGACUAGACCUUCACCACUCAGUUCAGGACCUUACCUCUUCCCGUGCCAAGUCAGAGUACAACGUCUUCUUCACUGUUCCUGCGAUCCGAAAGGGGAAAUACAAGUUUAAAUCCCCCUUAGAUAGUCAGCAGUGAGUCGGCGUCAUUCUUCCCUAUUUCAUUAUAUAGUUUUGCCUCUUGCCUUUGCUCUGGACCACCUAUUAGUAUUUCCAGGGCAGGGCAUAGAUUCAGUAUUCGUCACCUCAUCACAUCAUCAGCCGUCGUGUUUGUUGUUUUGUUGCCUCCAGUGUUCAUGGUAGGAAGUCUCAGUCACACGGGUGUAUAGAAGUCUGUCCCUUUUGCUGUGUGUAUGUGAAAUGUCUCCGAGAUUCUUUAUUUGUCGUGUAUGUGUUCAGAUGCUGUUGCCUGUUGGAGUGUGAAGGUAAAAUACUUGGAUGUGUCAAGGGUUUAUAAAUCUGUAACUGUUUAUAUGGAUUUGUCUGUGUAUCAGGCUAACAUUUUUUUUUCCAGCUGUGUAGCCGAAACGGGAUGUGGAAAUCAAAACUAGAAUUUGUCUAGGUAUCAUUGAAUGAAACUUCCUUUUAUUCCCCGUCAUGAAUCAAAAUUCUACCACGUGAAUCAAAGUUCUAUGUAAUCUUGGCACUGCUUUAUUCGUGUUUCUGUAAAUGAGAGUGUGGAAGUUUGUACUAAUUCUGUGUGGGAUUGAAGAGAUGUGGGAUUCUUUUUCAGGGCAAGGUUAGGUUUCUUUGAGGUGGAGGAAGGACAGUUGAAGUUAGGAAAUAGAUUGGAGUGACAACUGAUCAUAUUUAGUAUAAAAGAUGAUGUAUGCAAUUAUGAUUAAGCAGAAAGUCCGCAUCUCCUUGACCUCUGUCAUAUUUUGAAAUAGUUUCGGCUGUUGUGAAGACUGUUCAAAGGUGAUUAGUCGAGUUUUCAUGGGUGUUUUUCCCACUGAUGCUGCACAAUCCUUCUUAAUCUACCACCAAAAUCAUGAAAAGACUCAUGGAAGCUCCAAUAGCUGUGAUAUGGCCUUUUGUUUCAAGAGUUUCUCCUGCGUUGUCGAGAGAGAGAGAGAGAGAGAGAGUGAGUGAGUGAGAGAGUGACAUGCCAGACGUAAGAUGUAUUGAAGCAUUUCCUCGGGUAUAUUUUUCAACAUUGCCUCCGUCACUGCCUUGAUGCGAGUUCUUCACCAUCUCCUUGUUUACCUCAUCAGUGUUCCUCACGUGUUGUUAAUUAAUCGUAAGUGUGAUGUCACCAUUCGUGAAACCGCACACCAGGAGUCACCUCAGAGGGUCAGAGAGAGUUGAGAUAGCGGGGUUCCGUUUUCUCGUGUCGCAUCUAGUCCGCAGCGGCGCAGCCUCAGUCGUCACGAGAAACGAAUUAGUUUCCUUGCUGAUUGUAUGAUUAGCCAAUGUUCUGAAACACUUUACUCCCUCAUUACAAAUAUUUCAACGGCCAUAGAGACGAUUAGCCGGUUUCUCAAGUGUUUCUCCCGUUAACAAUAUAGAAAUCUUGUUAAUCUUUCAUUUGAGCCUUUGAAAAGCCUAUUGAAGUUGCUGCGCAUAAGUGUUUCAGAAUAUGGUGCUGAUCCCAGUGAUAGUGCGGGAAGACGAGCCUGACUGCCCUCUGCACACUGCCCAGGUGACUUUGGUUUGGUUAAGUUUGUCGUUGAUUAGAAGCUGUAACUGUGAUAGUCUCCGGAGGGUCGGGAACAGCAGCAGGGCCUGAUUAAGGGUGUUAUUUCAGAGUGACGCCUGUCUCAUUCUAGCGGAUAACUACGCGUCACCAAGUUCACCUCAUGUUUAGUUUUGUACGUCAAAAAGGAGGAGAAAGGUCAUCACUGUAUCGGUGUAUAUUGCAAUGAUGUAUGUGGUGCUAUUUAUUGGAUUUUACAUAUUUCUUUUUCUUUCUUUCGUUCGCUAGAGUAAGACAGGUGUGAUCCUGUAAAUGUAUCCAAUUUUGUGUGCCCGAGCCCCGCCUCACUUGUAUAUACUGUCCAUUGCCCUUGUUUGCACACACACACACACACACACACACACACACACACACACACACACACACACACACACACACACAAUUACUAGGACGUGGUUAUAUAAAGUUUUCUCAGUGCUGGUUUCUUCUUUGCUUUCCUUCCUUUUCUUUCUUGUCGCGGUGUGUUGAAGAAAGGUCGGUUCCAGGCUUCCAGCUGGCAGCGAAGCCUUAUCAGCUGUGGUGUUCCUUCAGGGAGUUAUUGUUCGUUUAGGCUAGCGUGUAAAUCAGUGGUUCUCAUUUUUUUUUUUUUUUUUUUUGCGAGCGAUUCUAUUUGAAUCAUUUCAACCCUUCGCCACUCAGAGUAAAGGAAAGAAAAUAAAGAGUGGCUUAUAAACCAUCGUCUGAGCCAGUGGAGAGGAGAGGAGACGGGAAGAAAGGAAGGGGGAAGGCUGUUCCUUUGAAAGGAUUAACUUUUUUAUUUCCUAUGAAAUAUGAAAAAUAAUAUAAAUAAUAGUGGGUAAGAAAAGAAAGGAAAAUUUGACAGGAAGCGGAUAAAUAAAAAAAGAAACAAUUGCAAUUAAUAAUAUUUCUCUGGUAACCGAGUCUAGGCGGGGGAUAUGAGGCAGGUAUGGCAGACUUAUUGUUUCAACUUGUAACCUCGGCAUUACACACUGAAAGCAUAAGAUUUUUUCUAUGUCCUUGCGACCCAUCAAAAUUCAUCUCGUGACCCUAAGUUUGAGAACCGCUGGUGUAAAUAUUGUUGGAGUUUCUCUCUCUCUCUCUCUCUCUCUCUCUCUCUCUCUCUCUCUCUCUCUCUCUCUCUCUGAAAAUGACUGAAUUACAACAUAUGCCACGAAAAACAUCUUUAUCGUUAUUGAUCUCUUAAAUUGUUUGUUUUCUCCGUAAGACUUUAUUACCUACUGUGUACUUGUGCGACGGAAGCCGAGUCAUCGCAGCCAGACGUGUGGCAGCAAUGUAACCAAGACGCUGAGUAAUAAAAUACAUCAUGUAA